UUCAGUUCAAAAUUUGGUUUUUCAUUGUCUUGUAUGUAAAGCUCAUUUUCCUUAGAGAGAGAUUCAAUGCUUGAACAUUUGAUAUAUAGCUCCUUUAUCUCUCUCUCUAGGAUUCUUAUCUGGGACUUGGCUACUUUCGAAGACAUUACAACUCAGGAGACAAAAUGUUUUAUUCAUAAGUCACAUAAAAAUUCAGGGACAAUUAUUGUUUAAAAAAAAAAUGUGAGUGCGAGAGAGAAAGACAGAUCUCUUAGAACCGCCUGGCCACAUUGUAAAUCGUCUGUUUUACUGUGUAUUCUUGAAGUUCUGGUUGAAAACAAUAUAACAUGACCGAAAAAUACUCACCAAUGAAAAGGCAACGUUCCUUUCAAAUUUCAAGUGUAAAAAUUCCUAAUAGAAAAUGGAUUCAACUAUUGACUGCAUUUUUUUUAUUGCAUUGGUUUAUAUAACUGUCUCUUUCCUCCAUUUUGCUUAAUCUUAGUUUUGAAAUCCGAUGUUGUCGAUUUUCAUAGCUUAUGACAAUGAAAGUACAUUAUAACAUAUCACAUUAGCAUUCCAUUUUUUUUAAUGUAGCAAUCCCCGAAUACCAUUUACCUACAUGAUUAUCGAUCUCUAUAAAAUAUUGAAAUUAUUAAUGAAACACAUUACUCGACGGAUAACAUCAAUAGAGAUGAAUUAAAACUGGUACCAUCCUCUCACAUGUUCUCGUCGAUAAUCGCGACGCAUCAUCGACAUAAGGUGGACGCCUCUGGUCCAAGCUUUAUUUUUAAACAUUUUGGAAGUUUGUUGAUGCAUUUUGUAUUCGUCGGUGUCGGCUGGCUCACUACCUCACUUAGUUCAGCUCGUCUGUCUUUAGACACAAGGUCUAAGCGGUUUCUCAUUCAGUGUCAUGUAUUUUUUUUUGUGCUAAUGUUUUUGUGAAUAAUUGAUUCUUGGAAAUCAGCAUUCAGCAACACCCACCAAUUUGAGAGAUAGAGUAAGCACUGAAACUAGUAACAGUUUUUUAAUUGAUUGUUGACUAUUACUUGUUAUUAAUUACAAAAAGGAUUUGAUUGUGAUAAAUCGUUGAUGGUAACCGGUCUGUGAUAAAGUUUGUGGUAAAGAUGAUGAAGAAGGAGAAACCGAUGAUGUCGGUGACGGCGAUCAUUCAGGGGGCGCAGCAACAGCAUUGGGGUCGUGGAUGGUGUGCAGGACCACACCAAAUGUCGCUAGGUUAUCCAUGUGCCAAUGGUUUAAGUCUCGAUCAAAAUCUCUCCAUGGGUCCAAUGGGACCUCAAUCCCCGCUGGACAUGAAACCUGAUGCAGCAACUUUGGGACAAUUCAGCCCCCAAGGACCGAACAGCCCCAAUUCAUAUGCAUUAGGUCAAGUGGGAUUACUUAGCCCUUCGCCUGGCGGGGGACAAAAAGGUGGACAAGGCAGUCCCUACCCACCCAACCAUCCGUUGAGCGGCUCCAAGCAUUUGUGCUCAAUUUGUGGAGAUAGGGCUAGCGGAAAACAUUAUGGAGUUUAUAGUUGUGAAGGUUGUAAAGGAUUUUUCAAAAGAACAGUCAGAAAAGACUUAUCGUAUGCUUGCAGAGAAGAGAAGAGUUGUAUAAUCGACAAACGACAAAGAAAUAGAUGUCAAUACUGUCGGUAUCAAAAAUGCUUGACAAUGGGAAUGAAACGAGAGGCCGUACAAGAAGAAAGGCAGCGAACAAAAGACAGAGAUACGUCGGAGGUGGAAUCCACUUCCAACAUGCAAGUGGACGUACCUUUAGAAAGAAUAGUUGAAGCUGAAAAACGAGUGGAAUGUAACGAAGUUUCUGCUUCAUUGGAGAACAUCAACAGUAACAUUCGACAGGCCUCAAACACUCACCUUCUGCAGCUGCUUGACUGGGCCAAGUACCUCCCUCAUUUUACCUCCUUGAAUUUGCAAGAUCAAAUAAAUUUGUUAAAGCACAGUUGGAACGAGUUGCACAUCAUGGCGCUAGCGCAUCGGUCGAUGACCAUCAGUACUGGCAUCCUUUUGGCUACUGGGCUGACAAUCAAUGAGUCAACAUCACAUGCCAUCGGCGUGGGGAAUAUUUAUAAUUGGAUUCACGACUUUACAAGUAAAUUGAAGGAAAUUCGAGUGGAUAAAACGGAGUUGGCUUGCCUAAGAGCAGUUAUACUUUUUAAUCCAGAAUUCCGAGGCCUCGUAUGCAGAGAUGACGUCAAUAUUAUAAGAGAAAAAAUCUACGACGUGAUGGAAGAAUACGUCCGCACCACUUACCCAAAUGAACCAGGUAGAUUUGCAAAAUUGCUAUUGCGACUUCCAGUUCUCCGAUCCAUAGGGCUCAAGUGUCAAGGUCACUUGUUUUUCUAUAGAUUAGUAAAUGGUGUAACUCUGGAUUCAUUCCUUGCUGAAAUGCUCGAAAACGCUAGAAAUUCUUAAAUAAAAUGUAGUUCAGUCCGUAAUAUUAUGCAGUUAAAAAUGUUACAAUGUUAAAAAUUAACUUAUGUUAUUAUUGCACAUAAACAUCAAACUUUUAGUGUGCAAUAAUAUGCCUAGCAAAAGAUUAAAAUGUAGAGAUUUUCUUCAAUAACUCUUAAACGAUGGAAGUAGUUUUGUGUAAUGAUAACAUAAAAAGCACAUAGGAUAGAACUGUUAAGUAUUUAAUUAGAGAUUUCUAGAGGGAAAGAAAGGCAUGAUUAAGUAUUGUUUUUGCAAAUUGUGUUGGUUUAAUACAAAAUCACUAACUAUCCACAAAAUAAUUUUUGUCCACAAAAUUAUGAACUAUGUAUACAUUUCCCUCGGUUACAAAUCUGUGAUUUAUAAUAAAUAAUUAAUCUGUUUUUAUAAUUAUUAAAUUUGGACAAGGUAUUACUAGCUAUUAUUAUUAUUUUUUUGUUAACUUUCCGUAACACAAUUUUUUACAACCAUAUUUUUAGUAGGUACCUGUUAAGUGACUUCAUUUUGGAAGCUUUAUUUAUACCAGCUUAAAAGACCUAUUCGGGUUUCCAAAAACAUAGUGUGGUUUUAGAUAGUAGAUUUGUUGAAGGGAGGUAAAUAAGCGAGCUAAUUAAGGUGAUGAAGUUGUUAGUGUUGGUUGUGUUUUAAGAAUUAUUAAUCAAAAUUUAUAAACCAUUUCAUAUUAAAUAAUAAUAUAUUUAUUCUUAUAUUAAGUAUUUAAAUUUUUACUUCUGAUAGCACCGUAAUUCUUUUUUUUUUUGGGCCCAAUAAUAAUUGAAACAAUCUAAUGUAAUUGUAAUUACAUAUUGGGACAUUUACCGAAAUAUGCAAUUAUUGCUAAACAAUUGGUAAAAUCUGGAAUAUUUAAAAUGGCCUUUUUUACAAAAUUAAUUUAAAAAAAUUAGGAUAUUUGUUUUGAGUUCGGGAGAGAUUUUUUUAAAUUUAAUUUUCAUGAUGUUAAAAAUUUUGACGAAUUUGAUUGUAAUAUUAACUUGGAAUUAUUUCUUGUGUAGUUUAUAAAUUAAAAUUUUAUCAUUCAUUAUGUGAAAUUAUAUUUUUAAUAAAUUCUAUUUUAUAUUGAAC